AUAACACCCCUCGUCACUUCAUAAAACCAUUCGUACUUGACAAAUCAUAUUAAGAAAUAAAAAAGAUAUUUAUGUAACCAAUUUGUAACCAAUAAUAAUUGUUUAAAAGCACUAAAUAAAUGAAGCCAAUGUGUCACAAGGAAGCUAAAACUGCUAAGCUUAGCGUCAACAAACACGGGGGUAAACAAUGUCGGACGAAACUCAAGUGGCUCCCUCCUUUCCGCCGGACUCAAUUAAAGUUAUUGCCGAGAGUAUAGGGAUCUCCUCCAUUGGCGAUGACGUGGCUAAAGAGGUCGCCGAGGAGGCCACCUUCAGGCUCAGGCUUUUAGUGCAGGAUGGCAUGAAGUACAUGCAUCAUGGAAAGCGUAAACGGUUUUCAGCAUGUGAUUUUGACAAUGUCCUGAAAAUGAAAAAUAUUGAACCCCUGUAUGGACUGCAGUCAGUGGAACACAUCCCCUUCAGAUUUGCCUCAGGUGGCGGAAGAGAACUACACUUUCUAGAGGAUAAGGAGCUGGAAAUCAAUGAAAUGGUAACCUCCCAGACUCCAAGACUGCCUCUUCAGAUGACCUUAAAGCCACACUGGCUGGCCAUUGAUGGUGUACAACCAACAAUCCCUGAAAAUCCUCCACCAAUCACUAAGGACUUGCAGAAGAAGGAUUCAGUAGAUCCUGCAGCCAAGUUAACUGCUCAGCAAGAUCACAAGGACCAGAAGCACAUUCAUGGGCGUGGUAUGAAGAGCAUAGAGACUGUUAAGGUGAAGCAGCUAGCAACUCAUGAACUUUCUGCUGAACAGCAACUGUACUACAAGGAAAUAACUGAAGCCUGUGUUGGAUCAGAUGAACCUAAAAGAGGGGAAGCCCUACACAGUUUGGCCUUUGAUCCUGGACUGCAUCAGAUGGUGCCUCGCCUCUGUACUUUCAUCGCAGAGGGAAUAAGAGUGAAUGUUGUCCAGAAGAACUUGGCCCUUUUGAUCUACUUGAUGAGGAUGGCUAAAGCUCUCCUAGAUAAUCAAACACUUUAUCUGGAGAAAUAUCUUCAUGAGCUGGUUCCCUCAGUGAUGACUUGCAUUGUGAGUAGACAGCUGUGCAUGAAGCCAGACAUGGACAACCAUUGGGCUCUUCGAGACUUUGCUGCUCGUCUGAUUUCUCAGAUUUGCAAAAACUACAACACCACCACGAAUGGUCUCCAGACUCGCAUCACCAGAGUAUUCUCCAAGUGCCUUAAUACAGAAAGAACACCACUAUCAUCAGUAUAUGGAGCAGUUGCUGGAUUGUCAGAACUUGGCCCAGAAGUUACCAAGGUGUUUGUGAUGCCAAAACUAAAAGCCCUAAGUGACAAGAUUGAACAAUGCAUGGAAGGAAUGAAUGCCUAUGACAAGAAUGCUGCUUCCCACAUCAAGGGUCUCUUGCUGAAAACGGUAGCACCAGUUCUCAAGACACUUCGGAAUCCUCCUGACACAGUGAAUGACUAUAAAGCUGAAUAUGGGUACUUAGGUCCUCAGCUUCAGGUAGCGGUGGUCAAGGCUCGCCAGGCUCCACCUUCCACAGCCACUACACUCACAGCUCCCAUUAGAGCCAUCACACCAACCACAACACGUAUCAUUCAACAAGGAAGUAUGCCAGGAAUAGGUGGCAUUGGUUCUCGGACAGUGGUAGUCAACAAGCCCCCAACUCCAGGCAUUAGUUCCCAGCAGCCUGGUCAGAAGGUUAUCAUCAUGACUUCCAGACCACCCACACCAAGCCAGAGUGUGAACACUGAAACUGUGGGAGGAGUAAUGAAGACAGCCGUAGUCAACACUGGAGCCCCAUGUUCCACUGGGCUCACUACAGUCACAGUCAACCCUGGUAGUCUGGCUGCUGGAUCCCUUUCUCAGGCCACAGUGGCACCCCAGGCCACUACACACCAGACCACCAAAUAUGUAGUGGUUUCAGCUCCAAAUCAGCCCUCAAUUAAAACUGAAAUCAAGGAAGAACCUGAUACCCAGCAGCCCAUGGAUCUGACGUGAUUAAGUUUUGUUUAUCCCUCCUACUUUUUUAUUCUUGUAUUGAAUAAUUCAAUUAUUUUCCAGAAUUUUACAAUUUAAAGACUGCA